CGAAAACUAAGUUACUCGUACAAGCACCAACAAACACAUUCCCGAACUUUCACAGAAACUUGUUCCAAUUCAUCAUGAUUUCAGUCGGCUCGUCAAUUCCUGCUGCCCCUGCGAGCCUCUGGGUUGAGAAGGAUAAUAAUACCGUCUCGCUCCCAUCCAGCGGAAAGUACAUUAUCGUUGGUGUGCCAGGAGCCUUCACUCCUCCUUGCUCGUCGCAUGUUCCUGGAUACGUUGAAAACUACGACAAGCUUCAGGCGAAGGGUAUCAGUGCUGUUUACGUUGUCGCCGUUAACGAUAUUUUCGUCGUGAACGCUUGGAAGGAGCAGCUUGCCAAGGGCUCUAGCGUCCAUUUCCUUUCGGAUUCCAAAGGCGAAUUCACUAGAUUGGUUGGGCUCGAUUUUGAUGCCAGUGGAUUGCUUGGAAACGCACGCUCCCAGAGAUACGUCGCCGUCGUUGAGGACGGAAAGGUCACCAACCUUCAAGUCGAGAAUGAAGCCCCCAACAUCACUGUCACCCAUGUAGACAAGAUUCUCAGCAGUUUGUAAAAUGCGGAGAACAUCUCAUACGGUAGUUUAGCCACUUUAGCCUGAAGGCUGGUUCGACACAAUAAAAAUUAAGCAUACGUCUUGACUAUGCAAGUCGCGAUUUGUUAAAAAAAUCUCUCGCUUUGUGAUCUCUAAUUUUGCGCUGGCUAGGCGCCCCCUACGCUGGGUGGCGGCCAUUAUCUAGUUGGGCAACCGCUCCCAAUAAGGAAGCCCGAACGUUCUCAGAAAGUUGCGUGAUAGCGUGCUAUCGAGAAUCUUACCGUGACCUUUAGAAGAGUUCUGCAGAUUCUGCGAGAGAAAGUGCGAAUGUUUAUAGUG